AUGUCGGCCAAGGCUCCGCAAGUGCUCGGUGGCACGACCGUCAACACGGACGAGCGCGUGCACUUGGACAUUGAAAACGGCAACAGCGACUCGCUCUUCACGGACAUCAACGACGAGAUCCCGAACGUGACGGAGAUCGAAAGCCUCUGCAUCAACUGCUACGACAAUGGCAUGACCAAGCUCCUCCUCACGCGCAUUCCGUACUUUCGCGAAGUCAUUUUGAUGUCGUUCGAGUGCGAGCACUGCGGGUUUAAGAACAGCGAGAUUCAAUUCGGCGGCUCGAUCCAGGAGAAGGGCGUCCGCAUGGAGCUCCUGGUCGAGAACCGCGAAGAUCUCAACCGCCAGCUCAUCAAGUCGGACACGGCGUCGGUCUACUUUCCCGAAAUCGACUUUGAAGUGCCGGCCAAGACGCAGCAGGGCACGAUCAACACAAUCGAAGGCCUCAUCUCCAAGUCGAUUGAGGGCCUCCGCGCCAACCAGGAAGAGCGCCGCCUCAUUGACCCGGCGACGACCGCCAAGAUUGAUGAGUUUCUUGCCAACCUCGCGUUGAUGGCAGCCGGCAUCACGCUGCCAUUCACGGUCGUCGUCACCGACCCCGCGGGCAACUCGCACAUUGAAAACCUCUGCGCGCCCAACGCCGACCCGCAGCUCACCGUGUCGCACUUCUUCCGCUCGGAAGCGCAGGACCUCGAGUGCGGCCUCCAGCCCGACCAGUCGCACGCCCACGACACGCCGUCCAACGUGCCCAAGGUGGUGCCGCCGCGCAACGAAGGCCUUGACUCGCUUGUGGCCUCGAGCAGCGGCAUCAAGAACCACGAAGCGAUCCGGUUCCCGACGCAGUGCCAUGCGUGCUACAAGGACGGCGAGUCGCUCAUGUGCGUCACCGACAUCCCGCACUUCAAGGAAGUCAUCAUCAUGGCGUUCAACUGCGAGCACUGCGGCUUCAAGACGAACGAGGUCAAGGCCGGCGGUGCGAUCCCGCCGUUUGGCGAGCGCAUCGUGCUUCGCGUGCCUGCCAACGACUCGAGCUUUAUGGACCGCGAUAUCCUCAAGAGCGACUCGGCGUCGGUUCAAAUUCCUGAACUGGACCUUGAAAUGAUGCCCGGGUCGCUCGGCGGCUUGUACACGACGAUUGAAGGCCUUCUGGAGAAGAUCCGCGACAACCUCACGUCCGGCAACCCGUUCGCGGUCGGCGACAGCGACGGCGGCCGGUCCGGGCUCGCGACGUGGCUCGGGCGCCUCGAGGAGCUCAAGACGGGCAUGGCGUUCACGCUCAUCAUUGAAGACCCGCUCGCCAACAGCUUCAUUUAUUCGCCGUUUGGCAACGCGGACGAAGACCCGCACAUGACGGCCGAGAGCUACACGCGCUCCGACUUUGACAACGAAGUGCUCGGCCUCACGGACAUGGUCACGGAAAACUACUCGAAUGAGGUCGUCGACGACCUCUCGCAGGCGGCGCCGACCACGAUUCAGUCGGACAAGCUCACGAUGGCCGGUGGCGGCAAGGCCAUUGCGACCGAAGCGUACCACCCCAACCCGAACGCCGUCAUGGACCUCGACUCGGGCCGCACCGAGCUGUAG